UGGCAAUUAACAAAGUUUGGUUUCUUAUAGUCUCUGGUUUUGCUGGUGUUAUUGCAUUGUACUACUAGUUUUACAGAGAGAGAGAGAGAGAGAGAGAGAGAGAAUGGGGAGAGGGAGAGUGGUUAUGGAGAGAAUAAAGAACAAUAUCAACCGUCAGGUGACCUUCACAAAACGCAGGAACGGUCUGCGCAAGAAAGCUCAUGAGCUCUCUGUGCUUUGUGAUGCCCAAGUUGCAGUUAUCAUCUACUCCAGCCGUGGGAAGCUCUAUGAGUUCUGCAGCACCGAGUUAUAUCCUCCCUCCCUCCCUCCCAUGAACAAAAUCCUUGAGCAGUACCGUCAAAGUUGCUAUUCCUCACAGGACAAUGUUGCUGAGAACGAAACACAGAACAUAUGCCAAGAGGUCUCAAGAUUAAAGGUCAAACACGAGUCUCUUCAACGUUCACAGAGGCAUUUGCUUGGAGAAGAUCUGCAACAGCUUCGCCUUAAAGAACUGCUUGUUCUUGAGAAACGACUUGACAGAACUCUCUCAAAAGCUAGACAAGAAAAGACGCGGAUGAUGUUUAAUCAACUAGAAGAACUGCGCACAAAGGAGAACGAUUUUGCAGGGGUUAAUAAACAGCUUAAACGUGAGCUUCAAGAAGUAGGACCUUCAAAUGCCAAUCACGUUGCAUGUGAAGAACCUACCUUACAAUUACACAUAUGAGAACAUGGAUGUGUACCAGUUCCCCAAGAAAAAGGAAACUACUGAUCAAGGGUGGGAGGGAGCAGCUGCAACAGUGUGGGCUUUAUUUGAUUGCUUGUACGAGUACUACUAAGAUGUGUUCAGCUCAUCGAUGUCUAAAACUCUUAAUUACUACUAAGAUAUGUUCAGCUCAUCGAUGUCUAAAACUCUUAAUUACUACUAAGAUAUGGAUGUCUGGAACUCUUAAUUACUACUAAGAUAUGUUCAGCUCA